AUGUAACAAAGAAACCACUUGGAUCUGGUCUGGGCCAUCACCACCAACCGCACUCACUCUCGCACCAACCAAUAACCCAUCACAAACUCUUUUUUUUUUUUUUUUUCUCGUUAUUUUUCGAGCAGAGAGCAGCAUAACGCUAACGCAUCAGCAGAGAGCACAAACACGUAGAGCAGUAAAGCAGGGAAAAAGGCAAAUGGCGAUGGCUCUUCGAAGACUCUCUUCCUCUAUCCGAACACCUUUCUUCAAUGCCAAUGGUUCCCUCUACUACAUGUCUUCUUUGCCUAACCCUGCAGUUGCUGAUAAAGAGAAAGCUCCUGCUGCUUGGAUAAAGCAAUUGAAUUCUCCAUUGGAGGAAACCGAUCCUGAAAUUGCUGACAUCAUCGAACUUGAGAAAGCUAGGCAAUGGAAGGGACUUGAACUUAUUCCAUCAGAGAAUUUCACCUCAGUGUCAGUUAUGCAAGCAGUUGGUUCUGUUAUGACUAAUAAAUACAGCGAAGGGUACCCUGGAGCCCGAUAUUAUGGAGGCAAUGAGUACAUUGACAUGGCUGAGACCUUGUGCCAGAAGCGUGCGUUAGAAGCUUUUCAGUUGGAUCCUGAAAAGUGGGGAGUCAACGUGCAGUCGCUAUCUGGAUCUCCUGCUAACUUUCAAGUUUACACUGCAUUAUUAAAACCUCAUGAGAGAAUCAUGGCGCUGGAUCUUCCUCAUGGUGGACAUCUUUCACAUGGUUAUCAGACUGACACAAAGAAGAUAUCUGCGGUUUCCAUAUUUUUUGAGACAAUGCCUUACAGAUUGGAUGAGAAUACUGGUUAUAUUGAUUAUGAACAGUUGGAGAAAAGUGCCACACUCUUUAGACCAAAACUUAUAGUUGCUGGUGCAAGUGCUUAUGCACGGCUAUAUGACUAUGCACGCAUCCGCAAGGUUUGUGACAAGCAAAAAGCUGUUAUGUUGGCUGAUAUGGCACACAUUAGUGGCUUAGUUGCCGCAGGUGUUAUCCCAUCUCCUUUUGAAUAUGCAGAUAUUGUGACAACCACAACGCAUAAAUCACUUCGUGGUCCACGUGGAGCUAUGAUCUUCUUUAGGAAGGGAGUAAAAGAGAUCAACAAAAAAGGGGAAGAAGUGAAGUAUGACUUUGAAGACAAAAUUAAUCAGGCAGUUUUUCCUGGACUUCAAGGUGGUCCUCAUAAUCACACGAUAUCUGGUUUAGCAGUUGCUCUAAAGCAGGUCAUGACUCCUGAGUACAAGGCCUACCAAGAGCAAGUUCUCAAAAACUGUUCAAAGUUUUCUCAGAGCUUACUAGAGAAGGGCUAUGAACUGGUGUCUGGUGGAACAGAAAACCAUUUAGUCUUGGUCAAUUUGAGAAACAAGGGGAUUGAUGGAUCAAGAGUUGAAAAGGUUUUGGAAUCAGUUCAUAUUGCAGCUAACAAAAAUACUGUCCCUGGUGAUGUAUCUGCCAUGGUUCCUGGUGGGAUUCGCAUGGGAACCCCAGCUCUCACAUCAAGGGGGUUUGUUGAGGAAGAUUUUGCGAAAGUAGCAGAGUUCUUUGAUGCAGCUGUAAAAUUGGCCUUGAAGAUCAAGGCAGAUACUAAAGGAACGAAGUUGAAGGAUUUUGUAGCAACUAUGAAGUCUUCAGAUAUUCAAUCUGGGAUCGCACAGCUGCGACAUGAUGUUGAGGAAUAUGCAAAGCAAUUCCCAACAGUUGGUUUUGAGAAAGAAACAAUGAAAUACAAGGACUAAGAAGAUUAACAAAGCAAGACAGAUUUGUUGGAGAUUCCACGAUAAAUUUCUUUAGUGCCAGAGUGGGUGAAAUUUUUUUUAACGAUGCUCCACUAGUCGAGGCUUGUCAAUCUGAGGAGCAUGACCGAUUAGAGGAACACAGAAGAAGAUCUAACGAAAUAUGAGAUAAAUGAGAGCUUUAUUAAGUCCAUGAGCUCUGUAUUACAGGCAACUGUAAACUAUUUCCAAUAUCCCAAUAUGUUUUGCAACAAUUAUUGGGACAUGUUAUAUUUUCUUUUGUUGCUUCGUCA